UUAAGCUAAGCUCUUUGUGGUCAAAGCCGGCAUCAAAUUGUGUGGAUGGACACCACGGCGAUUGUGGGGUGCUUCAGGAAUAGGAGCAUCCUCAUCACUGGCUCCACAGGCUACCUUGGAAAAUUGCUGGUGGAGAAGAUGCUACGGGUUCAGCCGGAGGUGAGGAAGCUCUACCUUCUGGUGCGUGCUCCCGACGCUGCAGCCGCUGAGCAGCGUAUUGUUGACAACGAUCUCUUCGAUGUUCUGCGAGAGCAACACGGGGCAGAUUUCCAGUCCGUCAAGAACAAAAUACGCCCUCUUGCCGGAGACAUGAGCAAGGAAAACUUUGGGCUUGGGAGCUCUGAGAUCGUGCACAUGUCCCUGCAGGACGUCGACGCCAUCGUCAAUUCUGCAGCAACCACCAACUUCUACAACAGGUACGACGUUGCUUUGGCAUCAAACACCACAUCAGUCUCGCACAUCUGUGAGUUUGCACACAAGUGUCCUCGGCUGAAAAUGCUCCUUCAUGUUUCCACUGCUUAUUUAACUGGUUAUGAAGUAGGCCUAUUGCCUGAGAAUCUAUUCCAAAUUGGAGAAGCAAGAAGGGAAGGAUGCCACUUAGACAUUGAAGCUGAGGUUCAGUUGAUGCACAAGGUCAAGUCACAACUGAGGAUGAGCUCUUCUGAUGACAAGUUAGAGAAGAAAACCAUGAAAGAUCUAGGGUUAGAAAGGGCUAAGCACUUUGGAUGGCAAAACACAUAUGUGUUUACUAAGGCCAUGGGAGAGAUGUUUCUGGGGCACUUGGGACAAGACCUUCCGGUUGUCAUAGUUAGGCCAAGCAUCGUAACAAGCACCAUAAAGGAUCCAAUGCCUGGAUGGAUAGAUGGAUUAACUAGGGGAUUGGACACCAUAAUUGUUGGCUACAACUACCAAAAGCUUCCAUGUUUUGUUGUUGAUGAUGAUGCAUUCAUCCAUGCUAUACCGGGAGACAUGGUGAUCAACGCAAUGAUGGUAGCCAUGGCCACUCACUGGGGCAAGCCAGCUCAUGUACUCUACAAUGUCAGUUCACCACUGCACGCUUCUGUUGUGCUAGAAUCAAUGUAUAGCUCUUUUCGCACUAAUCCUCGUACAAGAGCCAAUGGGAGGAUCAUUAAAAACAAAAGGAUACCCAUGUUCAAGAAAUUUGCAGACUUCCGUGCAUACAUGAUUCUACGGUACAAGCUACCACUCGAGUUGCUGCAUUCAGUGAAUGUGUUGUUGGGAGGGGUGUUUGACCAGUACUACAGAAAGGCCCAUAAGGGUUACAAUAGCUUAAUGCUUCUCGCCAAGUUGUAUGCUCCGUUUAGCCUCUUCAAAGGAUGCUUUGAUAACACAAACUUGAAGAAGCUGUCCAUGGCAAUGGCUACCAGCUGCGAGAACGAUGAUGCGUCGUCCCUGUUUCAUUUGGAUACAAGCUGCAUCAAUUGGAGCUCGUACCUCAUCAACAUCCACAUCCCGGCUGUCCUGGAGUUUGCCAAUGCGAGCACUCAGGAGAAGAAAGCAGGCCGAAGCUAG